GGCGCUGGCGGACAAACUAGCCUCUACAAUGUCAUGAAGGCGUACUCCCUGCAUGAUCGGGAAGUGGGCUAUUGCCAGGGUUCCGGUUUCAUCGUUGGUCUCCUCCUCAUGCAGGUAACGUACCCGCUUACUUCCCUUGAGCUAGAUGCCCCCAUCGUUCGCUAA